AUGGUUGUGAAGUCUCACGUCUGUGACUGGCCUAACUGUGGCAAGGCCUUUACUCGUGCUGAGCAUUUGCGGAGGCACGCUUUGAACCAUGAAGAACCACGGAGCGGAUACACUUGUGAGCGAUGUUCGGUUCACUUCAACAGGCCUGAUUUACUCACGAGACACAUGAUGCGACAUGCAAAACGAGACGAAGAAGCCGGCGGCCCUGGUCUGGGAAUAUUGGAAACCCGGAAAAGAACUCGACGCGCCGCGAACGGAACGAUCGUGACGAAGCCGGCUAAACGACAAGCUAGGAAGGCGAUAUCAAAUAGGCAUGCUCGCUCCGUAUCGCAUACGUCUUUCGAAAGCGCAAGUGAAGAGAAUGCUGGGCUCAUCGAAUCCCACGACUUUCCCCACGGGGCCCCUGUUUCUCCUCCAUCAUCUGCCCACCUCGAGAGUCGCGACCAACGCAGUAAUAUCGGGAUCAGUGACGAGGAUGCGCUACUGGCCCCUAUGAUGCCUGCUGGUCCCUACGAGCCAUAUGUCGAACCAAUUGCGGGGCAAUUUGACGCGGCGGAUGGAUCGUGGGGAACUUCUCCUUUUGGCGACAUGUUUACCGCAGACACGGCAAUGGAUUUCAAUAUGCCUUUUGCAGUCACUCACAACUACAACUGGCUUUUCGAUGUCUCCUGUCUGGACGACGCCUUUGUCGAUCUGGAUUGGCCACUGGAACCAAUCUCUCCCAACCGAGACUCAAUCCCAUCUUUGCCGGGAGAAGAGAGAGAUGCAACCCGGGAGAUGAAUUCUGGGGAGUUUGUAGAGCUUUGCAAUUCUGAUAUGGACUUCAAUAUGGACCCUUCGUCGAUGCUCCUCGAAGCAGCAACGUUCGUCGAUAAAGGUCUGUAUCCGGACGCUGGCACAUCCAGUAAUAUACACCAGCAACCCGGUCAGACGGCCUCGGAGUAUCUGGAGAUGGAAUGGAUGACUGGGCAGCCGCAGUUGGAUACAUCAUCUCGACCUCGCUUGCCCCAUCUUUCAGAAGAAACGCGAAGCAGUAUUCUGGGCUUGAUCUCCCACGCAAAGGAUGUGAACGGCGCCUCGCCCUUGUUAUCACUGGAAGCUCUCCAGGGAUAUUGCGACCUUUUCUUCUCACGAUUCAACGUAGCGUACCCGUUAAUCCAUCCAGAAACCUUCAAUCCUAAUCGAGCAGAACCGGUAUUUCUAGCUGCUGUUCUUUGUUUGGGAGCAACAUACAGUAGUCGGGAGGCACACCAGAUCGCGGUUGGAAUCCAUGACUCUUUGCAAAACCAACUUUUCUGCCAUCCAGAUUUCUCUCCUCAGCCCGAUCUGUGGGUUCUGCAAGCAAUGCUCCUGAUUGACUGUUUUGGGAAGAUGCGGGCGGGUCCAAAACAAAGAGAUCGAGCUCAGUUGUUCCACUGCGUGCUCAUCAAGAUGAUCCGUCGCAGUAACUGCUGUGUCAUCCAAGCACCCACAAUCCGCAGUCGACCAAAAGACCUAGAGCACGCCUGGAUAGAAGCAAUGGACUUGGAGCAGCGGAAGCGGCUGGCAAUGCACUGUUUCAUGUGGGAUACUCAACACGCAGUGCUCUUCUCGCAGUCCCUGUGCAUGUCGGCUUUCGAGAUGCGGUUCCCCUUGCCCUGCGAUGCCAGCACCUGGGAAGCUUCAACGCCGGAGCAGUGGUUCCAAUGCGCAAUGAAAGAGUCCAAUCACCCAUUUUUAUCGGCACUCAAAGGAUAUAUCGCACCUCACGCCGUGCACCGUCCCCGGCAUCUCAACGCCCUUGCGCGUAUCUUUCUCCUGCACGGACUGAUGUCUCUCUCCUCAGACCUAAGACGACGAGACCAAACGACGAUCCGAUCAGAGACUCCCGAGCUAGCUGGCGCAUGGAAACACCGGAUAGGCCGAUCAUAUGACUUGUGGAAGAUCGACUUCGACGCGGACUGCAUGGCAAUGAAACUGGGUCAGGCCGCAAACCCCCGCCGGUUCACUGGUAUCAAGAUGGCGGCCCACGCGCUAUAUCGGUCAGCCCAUAUCACAUUGAGUGGAGAAAUCCUCGACCUACAAAUCUGCGCUGGGACACCGCACAUUCUCGGGCGUGCAGUGACACAAAGCGAUGUCGAGCGAUCGCGACGCAACAUCCCCCAGUGGCUCCAGGAAGAGUCUGGAGUGGCACUGAAAGCCGCAAAGCACGCGUCUUUAAUCCUGCAGGACGCCGUGAUGAGCCUGGACGACUGGGACGACGCGGACGCGUUUCAUUUCCCGUGGUGUCUGUAUCUCGCGACGCUGACUUGCUGGGCGUUUCAUAUGCCAGAGGAAGGUCAUAAUGUACCGAACCCAUGCCCACAAAGCGAUGAAGAUGCCAAAACGGAGAUGUCGUCGCUGAUAGUGGCCAUGACGACGUGUUCAAGUCUGGACGAGUUGGCGUCAGUCGGCGUUCACGACGCGAUGAAGGUGUUGCUCCGUCUGGUCGGUUUGUGA